AUGGACAAGAUGGACAAAAUGGAGACGAAGAACUGGUCUCCUCCUCCGGUCGCUAAGGCAGCAGUCGACCUACAGCGCGGUCUCGAACUCGUCAUCAGCAAAACGCGACUAAAGCCUUCUGGCGAGGUGGCCAGCAAGCCCACGGAGGGAAUCCGCCGUCAUCUUCUGGUGGAACCGAUCCUUGAAUCUCUUCACCCAACACUUCAACUCGAAACGGAAGCCACGCGGCUCGAGGCAAUUUUGGUGCAGGGUUUGAUCGCCUCUCUCCCGAUCGAGAUUGUCCACGAGCUAGUUGAGCCAUCCCGACAGAUCUUCCGAGCGAUCGUCACCUUCCGUCGACGUGGACGACCCCUUCGACGUCAGUCCUGUCAGGCGUCUUGA